CAGUCUCCCCCCCCUCCCACUGAUUUGUUAUAACUCUCAACUACUCAAAACCACUUUGUUUUCGUGAGAGAGAAACAGAAACAGAGCAAGCGCAUUCUUCCGCCAUUAAUGCCUCUCAGCAACAAAGCGUGAAACCUCUCAUUCGCUUUUCCACGUUGCUCUCUCUUUUGCAAACAUUCAAACAAUCAGAACCUCUCUCUCUCUCUCUCCUUCGCUAUCUACAAGACUGUAACUAUAUCUUUUUUAUAUUGGCACAGUCGCUAAUAGAGAGAUGGAGCUAAGUAAGGUCACCUUAGAGAUCUUCACGAAGCUUGAGCAGAAAUGGCUCUCUCACUGCGAAACCACAAAGAAGACUCGGAUUCUCAGCAUUGAUGGCGGCGGAACCACCGGCAUUGUCUCCGGAGCAGCCUUGAUCCACCUCGAGGAUCAGAUCCGCCUCAAGACCGGCGAUUCUCACGCUCAAAUCUCCGAUUUCUUCGACCUCAUUGCCGGAACCGGUAUCGGAGCCGUCCUCGCCGCCAUGCUUGUCGCCGACGACGGCUCCGGCCAUCCUCUCUAUACCGCCAGAGAAGCUGUGAACUCCAUCGCAGGGAAAAACUCCGACUUGUUCAAGGUCAGGCUAGCUGGAGUUUUCCGCCGUCGCCGGAGAUACUCAGGCAGCAGCAUGGACAAGGCGUUGACCGAGUUGUUGACUAGGGAGGACGGCAAGGUCUUGACUCUCAAGGACACGUGUAAGCCUCUCCUGAUUCCCUGCUACGACAUGAAGAGCUCGGCCCCUUUCGUCUUCUCCCGAGCCGACGCCUCCGAGUCGCCGAGUUUCAACUUCGAGUUGUGGAAAGUCUGCCGCGCUACGUCAGCAACGCCAAGCGUCUUCAAGCCGUUCAGCCUGAGCUCCGAAGACGGAAAGACGUCGUGCUCGGCCGUGGACGGGGGUCUGGUGAUGAACAAUCCGACGGCGGCGGCUGUGACGCACGUGCUCAACAACAAGCGCGACUUCCCCUCCGUCAACGGUGUCGAGGACUUGCUGGUUUUGUCGUUAGGCAACGGCCCCUUAACCGGAGGUAAAUCCCAAAGUAACGGCGAGUCGUCGGUCGUUGACAUUGUGCUUGACGGAGUUUCCGAGACCAUUGACCAAAUGGUGGGGAACGCCUUCUGCUGGAACCGUACGGAUUACGUGAGAAUUCAGGCUUUCGGAUUGGGCAGCGAAGGGGUUGUGGGCCCUAGAUCGGAGGAGGAAGUGAAGGUGUUGAAGGAGAGAGGGGUGGAGUCGUUACCGUUUGGCGGGAAGCGGUUAUUGACGGAGACAAACGGAGAUAGAAUCGAGGGUUUCGUGCAACGCCUCGUGGCUUGUGGAAGAAGCAGUCUGCCACCUAGUCCCUGCAAGGAUUCCGCCGUUAGCCCUCUCUCUAACGGCCAUUAGUUAGCGUUGGUCUUUUCUUUUUGUAGUUUUUUUCUGGAAGUUGUAAUUUUGUAAACCAAACUCAGGUUUUCACCGUAGCAAAGCUAGCAGCAGCUAAAUAAUAACCCUACCUGUUCAGUUCCCUGUCGAACACGCAAA